AUGACACAGGCAUCGGCUGCAGAGAUGGACGAUCAACUGUCCCGACGCACGGCACAGGAGACCCUCUUGAAGGAGACGCGCAGCUGCCAUAGGAUCAUCCCUGGGCUCUGGCUCGGCUCCAACGACGCGUUCAUGGACAGCGCGAUGCGCCGGGCCUUGGCAGAGGCGCGUGGCCUCCAGCGAGUGAUCCGCGUAAUUCCUCCGGGCUUCAAGAUGGGUCGCCAUGAGGAGGCAAUCGCCAUCAGCCAGGACGAGAAGAUUCCCCUGACUGUCCUAGAUGUGGAGGACGAUGAGCACAGCAACAUCGACACAAUCUUCCCAACAGCGCUGUCGCUGAUUCAGGAUGUUCUUGGCACACAUCCAGAGACUGAGCUGACCGAUGGUGAAGAGGAGCCACCUUCUUGCGUCCUGGUUCACUGUAUGGCUGGAGUGUCACGAUCCGCCUCCGUGGUGAUUGCAUUUCUCAUUGCUUCCCAGCGGUGGUGCUUGGAUGAAGCGAUGGCUUUUGUCAAAGCGAAGCGUAAGUGUAUCAGCCCGAACGCAGCUUUCGUGGCCCAGCUCGCCAACUUCGAAUCGGAGACGUGGCACACUACGUCUGAGUUCAACGUGCAGCUGUAUGAUCGGAUGCAGAUGCGUUUCCCACAUUUUACCAACAAACAGAUGCGAGAAUUCCUGGCGCUACCGGAAUGCGACGGUGACGAGCAGAAACUCUUCGACUACAUGCAGCGUGAGUCGGUGAGACUUCAAAAGGAGAAAAUCAUCCCGGUGAAGAAACCCUUUCUGAGGCGUGGAGGCGGCAAGCAAGCCGUGAGCGUGCCCGCUCCCACCAAGACACCAGGAGAAUGA